CUGCCUUUGAUUUUUUGGCCUCUUUCCAUCUUCAUUAACUCAUGUUAAAUCUGGAAAAAAAAAUGAAGAUGGAAAAUGGUAAACAAGCAUUCAAAUCUCAAAAAUCAGAGGGUCCAGCACUAGUUUUGGCAAUUGGAACAGCUACUCCUUCACAUUGGAUUGAUCAAAGUUCAUAUCCUGAUUAUUAUUUUAGGGUUACAAAUAGUGAUCAUUUGGUGGAUCUCAGAGAAAAAUUUCGACGUAUUUGUGACAGAACAAUGAUAAAGAAAAGGCACAUGCUUUUGACAGAGGAAAUAUUGAAGAAAAAUCCUAAUUUGUGCUCUUAUAGUGAACCAUCCUUAGACAUUAGGCAAGAUAUAUUGGUGUCCGAAAUUCCCAAGCUUGGUAAAGAGGCUGCACUCAAGGCCAUAGAAGAAUGGGCCCAACACAAGUCCACAAUAACCCAUUUAGUCUUUUGCACUAGAAGUGGUGUGGACAUGCCCGGGGCCGAUUAUCAGCUCAUUAAGCUAUUGGGCCUAGGCCCAUCCGUUCAACGCCUGAUGAUGUACCAACAAGGUUGUUUUGCUGGUGGCACCAUGCUCCGGUUAGCCAAGGACCUGGCGGAGAAUAACAAGGGGGCUCGGAUCCUAGUCGUGUGUGCUGAGAGCUCCGCGAUAGGGUUUCGUGGGCCUAGUGAAUCUCAUGUUGAUAAUCUCGUGGCCCAAGCAUUGUUUGGAGAUGGGGCGGCCGCUAUAAUAGUUGGAUCGGACCCAAAGCCUAAUUUGGAGAAGCCCGUUUUUGAGAUUGUGUCGGCGGCCCAAACUUUCGUCCCCAAUGGGGAUUGUCACCUCGCGUUACACCUUCGCGAAAUGGGCCUUACAUUUCAUUGUACAAAAGGUGUACCUCCAACUAUUGCUAAAAAUGUUGAGAGUUGCUUAACAAAGGCAUUGGAGCCUUUGGGAAUAUCAGAUUGGAACUCACUUUUUUGGAUUCUUCACCCAGGAAGGAAUGCAAUUGUGGAUCAGGUCGAAAACAAAUUGGGCCUUGAGCCCGAAAAGUUACUGGCCACGAGGAAUAUCCUUCGUGACUUCGGGAAUAUGUCGAGUGCAUGUGUUUUAUUCAUAUUGGAUGAGAUUAGAGAGAAGUCCACUAGAGAUGGGCUGAAAACUACUGGUGAAGGGCUGGACUUGGGUGUCCUUUUAUCAUUUGGGCCUGGGCUUACUAUUUAGACAGUAGUCCUCCAUAGUAAGCCCAUUUAAUGUACUUACUAUUAUGAUCAUCUUGCCCUUUCUUUUUUUUUUCUUUUUUUUUUUGGUUUGGGGUUGGGGAGGGUUAUAACUUUAUGCUAUAUUGAAUAAGCUAUGGUUGGAGUUGUCCACAAUAUAUAUAUAUAUAUAUAUAUAUAUAUAUAUAUUUACAAUAAAUUAGAACAUCUAGACAGAAAUAAAAUAAUUGUUGAUUAGUUUUAUUUAACUUUUGCUUAUUGAUUAGCUAGGUUACUUGAUUCAAAUAAUAUAGAUAUGGUACGAGUAUUGUUUAACCUUUGACUAUUUUUGUUUUCACUGAACUCCCUCUGUGAAAAGCUUACAUUUAAAACCUCUACAGAAACUUGAACAUAAAUGAUUAGUUUAAGAAGUCUUUGACUACUCUUAGAUGUGGUUAGCAAGUUUUUUUUUAUUUAUUAAUUCUCGUAAUUUUUUUUUUGUCAUGAUUCUGAAAUUGGAUACAAAAUGUUUAUCUUCUUUUCUCUUUUUCGUUCAA